CAUUACUCCUGCCUACCGUGUCUCAUUAGGUGGAUGCGCACUGCAUAGUAUUUACUAUAGUAUAUGCGUCUAGUUAUCAUCGCAAAAGGUAAAGGUGAGGGACGGCGACCUCUUCUCGCGCUGAUUUUAAUCAUUUAUUUAUCAUUAAAUAGUAUAUUAUAAUUACUAUAAUAUACUGUAGGCUAUAAAUUAGUAAUAGAUAAACCGUAGGAAACUGAUAAACAGUAGUAAACCCGUCUUCUUGAAUACUAUAAGGUUCAAAAUGACAUCUUAAAAUGUUUUACAUUAAUUAGUAGGCUAUAAAAAUCAUUACAGCUACGGUCACACGAAUACUAAUCCGCCCAAAACAUGGUGCAAUAAUUACAGCAAUGUUUUAAUGUGUUUACAUCCAUACUUGUUUGUAAUAAAUCGGGGUUUAGGACAUUUUGUCGUACAGCAAUACAAGACCAUCACGAAUGAGUUCCUCUGCGUCCAAUAACGCAGGAGACGCCCCCGCAUGUCGCUCAUUUCUGACGCGUCUGUGCCGUUCCGGAAGCGCGACCCUAUCCACGCGUCUUGCGGCACCUCGAUCAAUUCAAUGGCAGAUACGGAGGAAUUUUUUCAAGCCGUGUGCUCGUACCCGUUCCUUUAUAACGUGUCUCUGCAUCACUACCGCAGAUCCGAGCGGAGGAAAGCGUGGCGCGAGGUCGCCGCGUCUAUCGGUCUCUCUGUGGUAGAAUGCAAUCUAAGGAAUGAAGAAGGGGGGCGAUGCCUGCAUUACUGGGCACACAGAGAAAUCUCGUUCCUGGAUGCUCGUAUGGGAAAGAGAAAGCGUCACGGUGAAGCAGAAGCUCUAGAGGAGCUGUAUGACAGGAGCAGAACCUGUCAGAACUCGACUGAGGAGCAAGACCCCGGAACUCUGCUCGCAGCAUCAGCAUCACACGCAAACGCCAAUGGGACGAUGGAGGAAGAAGAGAUUGUGAGGAGCUGUGAUAAACCAGCUCUUGACAGAGCUCUAGAUGAAGACGAGCUGUUUCUCUUGAGUUACGUCCCCGCCCUGAAACGACUGACGCCGCAGAAGAGAGCCGCCGUUAAAAUGAAGAUCCAGCAGCUCAUGUUUGAUGCUGAAUUCAAAGAUGAGUGAACU